UUAGAAAUUUUAAAUCAAAAUUCAAAUUCACAGAAGGAAUGCACAUAGUUGUAGGUAGCAGGCUGCCUGAAUUUAUAUGUGCGUCUAUGGCAAAGUAGUUACAAAAAAUAUUAUAUUUGCCCUAACCGAUGCAGCAUAAACUAAAAAUAUGAAUAUUCAGUUUCCGAUAUUGACACCUCGGUUGAUCGAUUCUAAAUGGUUCAAUGCAGACAGUCCUUGUGAUGAAGAGGCCGAACUUACUGCUUUAGAACAAGCAAACCAACAAUGGCUGAAUUCAAUUGGCCAGCAAUAUAUGAAACGUGCCCCUCUUGGUAAGACUGAACCUGAACCAAUGGAAGAAGAAGGAGAUAGCGAUGAAGAAGAAGGUAAUGACGAAUCAGAUGAAACAGAAGAAUCUCAUGAUGAGGAUGAAGAGGAAGAUGUACCAACAACAUACUCUCCAGCUAGGAAUAACAAUGAAUUAGAACCUGACAGUUUAGAUGAUCUUAAUGAUGCACCCGAACUUAAUGCUGCAGAUCAAAGCUCCCUUGCGGCCCUUUGGACUAUACAAUAG